AUGAUUCAUUCAUCAGUACCUUCUGCACGUUAUUCCGUAAAGUUAUCUAUGGUCGAUGAGAUGACCACUUACACCUUUAUGGAUUAUGAAGUGAAAGUGAUGUAUCAUCAUAGCUUAUACUUGGUAGAUAUCGUUGAAGAAAAAAUUGGAAGAGUGUUGAAAUUGGAUUCAAUUACAAGUGGCAAGCUCUGGUUGGAUAUGGAUUAUCUUGUCUUUAACACGUGGCAUUGGUGGACCCGUAGAGGCCCCACCCAACCAUUUGAUUUUAUACAAGACGGGAAUAACAUAACUAAAGAUAUGGAUCGUGUUGUUGCUUUUGGGAAGGCUAUUGAUACAUGGGGUCGAUGGGUCGAUGACAACAUUGAUCCGGUUAAAUCGAAGGUUUUCUUUCAGGGGAUUUCACCUACUCAUUACAAUGGGGCAGGCUGGGGCGAACCAAAGGCUCAAGCCUGUUUGGGACAAAAAGAACCUGUUCCUGGCGAAAAGUACCCUGGAGCACUACCAAUGGCAUUGGAGGUUCUUGAGAAGGAGCUUAAACCCAUCAAGAAACCGGUGACAUUGUUGGACAUAACAAAUCUAUCGUUGCUGCGAAAAGAUGGGCACCCGUCAAAAUAUGGGCUUCCCCACAAAACCGGGAUGGACUGCAGCCACUGGUGUCUCGCUGGAGUUCCUGAUACUUGGAAUGUUUUGCUCUACAACUUUAUGUUCUACUUCCAAGGUAUUGUUAAUGGCGAUGAAAAAAAGUGUGAUUUCUUCAAAGGCAGAUGGGUAUGGGACGAUUCAGAAUCAAACCAAAUGUAUACGGGUUUAGAAUGCCCGUUUAUAAACAACGGUUUGAAUUGCCAGAAAAAUGGUAGACCGGAUAACACAUACCUUAACUACCGAUGGCAGCCUCACUCUUGUUCCCUUCCAAGAUUCAAUGGUGAGGAGUUUCUAGUGAGAAACAAAGGAAAGAAGAUAAUGUUUGUGGGGGACUCUUUAAGUUCAAAUCAAUGGCAAUCACUAGUAUGCAUGCUUUACAACCAUGCACGACUCAUCAUCCCUAGCAUCAUUCAUGGAGGAUCAAUCUCAACUGUUUCUUUUCCUGAGUAUGGAGUUUCGGUUAUGUAUUUGAAAAACGGGUUUCUUGUAGACAUAGUGGUGGAGGAAAAGGGGCGUGUCUUGAAGCUGGAUUCGAUUAGCAGAGGGGCAAAAUGGGAAGAAGCUGAUAUUUUGAUUUUUAAUAGUUAUCACUGGUGGAUUCAUGGUGGACAGCUUAAAACAUGGGACUAUUAUCGGGUUGGUGACAUGUUAUAUAAAGACAUGGCUUUAAUGGAUGCAUAUAGGAUUGCGUUGACUACAUGGGCUAAAUGGGUUGACUCCAACGUUAACCCUAAAAAGACACAAGUUUUUUUCCAAGGGAUUUCUGCUGUUCAUUAUGAAGGGAAGGAUUGGGGGGCACCAAAUAUCAAGAAUUGUGAGGGGCAAACUGGUCCUAUACAAGGAUUUAGGUAUCCAGGGAAUAGGUAUCCAGGAGAACAAGUGGUGAAAGAUGUAUUGCAAAAAAUGAAAAAUCCAGCUUAUUUACUGGAUAUAACAUUACUUACACAGUUGAGAAAAGAUGGGCACCCAGCCAAGUAUGCUGAUGGACCUAUGGAUUGCAGCCACUGGUGCCUUGCUGGCGUUCCUGAUACAUGGAAUCAAAUCUUGUACACGGUUUUGCUUAAAGAUUAGUUUUUUUAAGUAUUAAAAGUUGCAAAUAAGUGGG